AUGUCUACCGCCUUGGUACAACCACCAACGCCCAAUCACACACUUUCAGUCGGCACAAUGACCGAAUGCCUUUUUUCUUUUGCAAGCUCUCGUGCCAAUGUUCCCUUCACGACAACGCCCCUCUACGAAGGGGGAGGGGGGGCGUGUUAUCAUAUGCCCAGACCUUGGCAUCUUUCCCAGGCACAAGCUUCCAAACUUUUCGAAACCCUGCGCAUUUCCAAGUUUACCAGUCUCCCGGCUGUCAGUCUAUAA